AUGUCCCAGGAGGCCUUCUGCCAGCAGGCUCCCAUCUUCCUUGACUACCUGCACAACAUCCUGCAGAAGUACCCCGACGGGGGGCAGAUCCUCAAGGAGCUGGUGCAGAACGCGGACGAUGCUGGCGCUAAAGAGGUUGUGUUUGUGUCCGACGAGCGGGAGUUUGACGUCACCAGAGGAGGACUGGAGGGCACUCAGGGCCCAGCCCUCCUGGCCUACAAUGACGCCCUGAUGUCCCCACGGGACUGGACGGGGCUCAUGCGCCCAGGGGUGUCGCACAAGCGGGAGGACCCCAGCACGGUGGGACGCUUCGGCCUGGGCUUCACCUCUGUCUACCAUCUCACCGACCUGCCAGGUGUGCUGAGCCCCCCAUCCCUGGGGGUGCUGGACCCCGAAUGCCGGGUGCUGACAGGUGCCGGUGCCCGCUGGGACAUCUCUGCAGCCCAAGACCUUCCUGGCCUUUUUGAGCCCUUCUGGGCUGGGCUGGAAGCUGUGGGACAGCACCGUGGCUCUGCCCAGGGCACCCUCUUCCGCUUCCCACUUCGCCGGCAACCCUCGGGAAUCGCUGCAGGGGUCUCCGAUCCUGAGCGCCUCCGUAGCCUCCUCCAGACCUUCCUCACUGAGGCCCCUCUUGCCCUCCUCUUCCUCCGCCACGUCCGCCGUGUGGCCCUGCACCGUGUGGCCCCUGAUGGGGUCCAGACCCUCAUGGGGACCCUUGUGGCAUCCCCUCAGCCUCUCCCUGUCCCAGGGCCAUCAGGGGAUGAGGUGCUGAGUCUGGCAUGGUGCCUGGUGGCCCUGCACGGGGAUGGGGAGGCCACGGCCAGCCACGUGCGGGAGGUGCUGCGGCGCCAUGGGGCUGCAGACCUCCCAGCUGCCGAUCGGCUCUCCCUGCUGCGCUACGUGGCCGCGGAUGGGUGCCAUGCUGAGCUGCGGGGUCUCCCCCUCCUGCCUCGUGCCGAUGGGACCUUCGUGGCCUUUGGGACUGCAUCAGCUAUUGUCUACGUGGACACGUCCGACUGUCCCAGGGAGCUCCUGCCCGGCCUGGCCGGGUCCUUCCUGCCCUCAGACCUGGAGCCAGGCUUGGACAGCCUCCUGCGAGGCAUUGCCAAGGCGGGUCUCUUCCCCAACCUGAUUCUGCUGGACCCAGCCGUGACUGCCCAGACCCUACGCUUGGCUCUGCCCGUGACCUGGACGUCCCAGUCUUCAACCCCAUUGACCUGGUACCCGGCCGAAGGUCCCUCCCAGCCCCCAGCCUCCUGGUUCCCAGCCCUGUGGCAAUUCCUGGCCCACCACGUUGAAGACCUGGGCCCUCUGGAAGGGCUUCCGCUCAUCCCUCUGUCACCACUGGAUGCCCCCAGCAUCCGUCUGGCUCCACUGAAACCUCAGUCCAGUCUUAUCUUCCAGGCAUGGGAGGACCAGUGCCUGCCACCUGCAGUGGCCUCUGUCCUGGAGGUCCUGGGUUGCCCAGUGGUGCCGCCAGGCACGUGGCACCGCUGUCUGUCCCACUAUGUCCUGCCUCCAUCCCCCCUCAAUGCCUUGCGGGCCCUGGGCAGGCAGGAGGCAGCAGUUGUGUCCUCCCGCCUGGCCACACUGCCUGCUGAGGAUAUGGUCACCCUCCGGCUCUACCUGGCAGACAUCCCAUCCCUGACAGAGCAGGACAGGGCCACACUGGCUGCUCUGCCCCUCUUCAUCCCACUGCCCUGCUUGGCCACCCCACAGCCCACAGAGCUGGCGGCCAUGUUGCUGUGCCGGGAUGAAGCUGACCGGCGGCUCCUGGAGAGGCUCCAGAGGUCCCUCAUCAGUGCAGCCCACAUGGCGCUGGAGGCCGUCAGAGCCGUGGCCUGCGGUGCCUAUGCAGGGCGGACGGCGGAGACACAGGCUCUGCUGCUCUGGGUGCUGCAGAACGGAGACAUCUUUUUUGCACAGAGCCCUCUGCUCCAGCAGGCUUGCAGCAGGCUGGCCUUCCUGGAUACCCCCAAUGGCCCCAGGUGCCCACGGGACCUCUACGACCCCUGCGAGAGCACCUUGCAGGCACUGCUGGGCCCUGAGCGCUUUCCUCCUGCCGCCUUUCACAGUCCGCCUGUCCUCCAUGCCUUGAGAGCCCUGGGCUUGCGGCACGGUGAGGGGUGCCUGUUGCCUUCAGACAUCCUAGAGGCUGCAGCAAGCGUGAGUCAGGGUGACACAGCGGCUCUGGGCAGGGCUCAGGCACUGAUCGAAGUCUGCAACUGCCCCAAGGCACUGGCUGGCUUCAGCGCUGCAGAGCUCAGGCAACUCCAGGCCCUACCAUGGGUCCCUCGUUCCAAGUGCACUGGAAAGCCUGGGCAACCCUUCCUGCCCCCCAAGGAGCUACGGUCCACCCAGUACCAGCCCCUGGUGGGGCUUGCCAUGCACCUCACUGAUGCCUUUGUGCCAGAGGCAGAGAAGAAACUGGGACUGAGCCAGACUCCACCGCCAGAAAGGGUGUGGGAGCAGCUGAGAGAGCUGGCAGGGCGCAGGGACGUGGCUGAGGUAGGUCCUGCACUCCGACCCAUCUACUGGCACAUGCAGGAAAACUUGAAGACCUUUGGGGCUGCCCCAGAUGAUGCUGUGGUGUGGACCGGGACUGGGUUUGUCCUGCCAUGUGAUGCUGUGCUGGGCUAUCCUGAGGAGCUGGAGCUGGGGAUGCUGGUGCCCCAGGUGCCCCCUGACUUUCUGUCCUACAGCUGCCUCUUCAGGGCCUGGGGAGUGGAGGCGAGGGUGAGUGAGGAGAGGGCGGUUGCAGCCCUGCGCAGCCUGGGGCAGGACAUAGAUGCACGCAGCUCCAGAGCUGGCUCUGCAGCAGAGUUACAGGUGGCUGUAGCUGUCCUGAAAUGGCUUAAGAGCCGGGGACACCAGGGCGAGGGCACAGUGCCAGUUCCUGUGAGGAUCCCGGAGGGCUCGGGAUUUGCCCUCCGCCCAGCUGCCUCUACUGUGUACCUGGACAUGGAGCCGGAGGCAGAGGAGAAUGUUCAGGAGGUGGUGCACGAGGCAGUGCCAUCCAGCACAGCCAUAUUCUUCGGCACGGAACUGCUCAGUACACGCGUGCUGGGGCUGGAACCAUUCACACCCUGUGGCCCCUCAGAGCCCAUCACCUUACGGCUUCGCAACAUCCUCCGGGAGUACGGCGAGGAGGGCGACCUCUUCACAGAGAUUGUCCAGAACGCAGAGGAUGCUGGAGCUACUGUGUGCCGCUUCCUCCUGGACCUCCGAUGCUGUAGAAAGGCUACUUCUGGGCUGCUAGACCCCGGCAUGGCUGCCUGCCAUGGCCCAGCCCUCUGGGCCUACAACAAUGCUUUGUUCACGGAGGAUGACCUCCGUAACAUCACACGGGUUGGGGCUGCUACAAAGGAGGGCCAGGCAGGCCGGAUUGGGCGCUUUGGGCUGGGCUUCAGCUCUGUCUACCGUGUCACAGAUGUGCCAGCAGUGCUGAGUGGGGAGACGCUGCUCAUCUUUGAUCCCAAUGGCACCCACUUGAGCAAGCACAUAUCCAGGGCUGGCAGCCCUGGCAUCCGCCUGGACUUCUCCCACCGUCCACGCAUACUCCGUGCCUUUGCUGAGCAGUUCUGGCCUUACCAUGGUAUCUUUGGGUGCCGCCUGCCUGAGCCAGCACCCUUUCCAGGGAGCCUUUUCCGCCUGCCUUUCCGCACUGAAGAGGAAGCUGUGACAUCACAGAUUUGCUCAGAGGCCUUUGGUACAGAGCGCAUCCAGUCCCUUGGCACCAACUUCCUUGGCUCUAACCGGCUCCUGCUGCUCUUCCUGCGGAGGGUGAGGGAGAUGUCCCUGGAGAUGCUGCCAGACACGGCCACCUCUGCGGAGGAUACCAUGCCUCUGGCCAUGCUGCGGCGAAAGGAAAUCCGAGACUUGGGGGCACCAGGGGACCCCCUGAGCUGGGCAGCCAUCGAGCAGCUCACAGCCUGCGAGGAGAGAUCCAAGACCGCAUGGCACUACCUAGUUUUGGUGUGUCAGGAUGAUGGGGAGUUGCUGGAACUGUUUCACCGGCACACACAGGCAGGGCUCCAUCCUCUGCCUCCUGUGGCUGGUGUGGCCCUCCCCCUUGCCCUUACUGCAGAUGGCAAGUGGGUGCCGCAUCUGGAUGCCGAGGAGGGACAAGUCUUCUGCCACCUUCCCAUGCCUAUUGCCUCAGGGCUGCCAAUCCAUGUGCAUGGGGCCUUCAGCAUCCUCUCAAACCGCAAGGGGCUGUGGGACACAGCGGAGCGGGGUGAGUGGAACCGGAUGCUGCUCCGCAAUGCUGUGCCGGUUGCCUGGCUCCGGGCGCUGGACCACCUCCGCACCAUGCAUGAGGCGGGUGAGUUGGAGAGCUAUGAGUAUCAUGUCUUCUGGCCGGACAUUAACACUGCCCGUUACCCCUUUACGGAGGCUGUGACUGGUUUCUACCAGGCUGUGGCAGCCAGGAAUGGCCCCAGGCUCUUUUCUGAUGGCUGCUCAUGGUGCUCACUGCGGGAUGCCCGCUUCCUGCACCAGGCUGUGAUCAGACACCCCACACUGGGUGCCGUGGCGAAGCGUGCCUUUGCCACCAUCCUGCCCUAUCCCCUGUUAGCUGUGUCCUUGCCAGAGCAGGUGCGGAGGGGUCUCGGGAAGGCAGCGGAUGCUGGCACCUAUGACUGGCCCCGCUUUUACUGCGAGCUUGUGCUUCCCAACUUGGAAGACCUCUCUGUUGUUGACCGGGAUGCGCUGCUUCUCCAUGCGUUGGAUAUGUCCUGUGAUGAUGUGAACAAAUUGUUGCAGACAGUGCCCUGCAUUCCUGCCACCCCUCAUGGCCACCUGCAACUCAUCAAUUGCCUGGUGCAUCCCAGAGGCCGCACUGCCUCUUUAUAUGACCCUAAGGAUGGACGCUUCCCCACCGGGGAUUCCUUCCUUUCCCCAGAAAGACUAAGCCAACUAGAGAGGCUGGGCAUGGUUAAGGACACAAUGGCCCUGCCAGAGCUGCUAGAGCGGGCAAAGACAGUGCAAGUUCUCUGGACCAAGGACCGUGUCCAGGGCUGCCAGAGGGCUGCCUGCAUCCUUGAGCUGCUUCAGGAUGCAGUGGAGAAGAGGGUGAGCAACACCAUGCAGGCAGCUUUCCAGACCGUGCCCUUCCUCCCUGGUAUGUUGCCCACAGGUGAACAAGUGCUGUUGCCAGCUGCCCAGCUCUACCAUCACCUUAAAGCCCCCCUAGUGGGACUCAUCCACCCUAUCUUGGCUCCCAAAAUGCUGGGAAAAAACUUCAGCCUCCCCAAGGAGGUUGCAUCCUUCUUGGGGCUGGACCGGCAGAUACCAGCAUCUACAGUCCUUAAGCAGCUGCAGGGACUGAGCUGUAGCUCCAAUGCUCUCCCUUUGGAGAACCUGCAGGACAGCACCCAGUGCUGCUACAUACAUCUGAACAAGCUGCUCCAGAGCGAUCCCUCCAUCAGGGAUGAGGUGGCUGCUGCAGUGGCCCAAGGGGAACCCUUCAUCUUGGUGGGCUCCCGCUUUAUGCCAGUUAUGGCUGUGGCUGAGACGUUGUCAUUUGAGGCUGGCCCAUAUCUUCACCAGCUCCCAGAGCAGUACCGGCCCUACAGACAACUCUGGGAGUGUGUGGGGCUGCGCCACACAUUCAGCUGGGAUGAUUAUGCCCAAGUGCUCUGCAGCCUGGCAAAGAUGCAUGCCGGAGUGCCGCUGCCUGCUGCAGAGCUGGCUCUGGCCUUGCGGCUGGUGUCUUGUGGCUUGAUGGCAGAUGACAAAGAGCCAAAUGCCUACCAGACCCAGCAACUCUUUCUACCUGACCAGGAGGGCAUUUUGCGUCCACGGGACAAGCUCCACUUCAAUGAUACAGCAUGGAUGCCAAUGGACAGAGAUGUCCUGCUGUGCCAUGAAAAGCUGUCCCGAGUGACAGCCCUGCGCUGUGGGGUGCCUACCACACGUCACCGGGCAGUGGAGAGGAUCCAACUCCCCACUGCAGAUUUCAGCUUCUGGGCACAGCCAUUUGGUGCCCAUGAAGACCUGCCUACACGUCUGAAGAACAUCUUGGCUGAGUACCCAGCAUCUGCUCGUGAUAUGGUGACAGAGUUGCUCCAGAAUGCAGAUGACGCUGGUGCACGGCUUGUGCACUUUGUGUGGGACCGACGGCAGCACCCAGUGUGUACCACUUUCAGCGAGAAUUGGAACGUCCUGCAGGGCCCUGCCCUCUGCAUCUACAGCGACAGCCCCUUCCAGCAGCAGGACAUUGAAGGCAUUCAGUGUCUGGGGGUUGGUGGCAAGCAAGGCCGGCAGGAUGUCACAGGCAAAUAUGGCCUUGGCUUCAGCACUGUCUUCCACUUUACUGACUGCCCGGCCUUCCUUACUGGAGACAGUGCCCUGUGUGUCUUUGAUCCCCAUCAAUACUACGUGCCCACAGCCACAACUGAGAGGCCUGGUGGGAUGUUUGCUGUCAACCCUGAAUUCAAGAAGAACUUUCCAGACAUUUAUGGCACCUUCCUACCCUCCCUUUUCAAGCUGAACCAGGGUGUCCUUUUCCGGCUGCCCCUCCGCACUGCAACUGGGGCUGCCAUCUCCAGGGUGUCUGUCAUGGUCGUGCGGGACCAAGACAUCAGGGACAUAGAGACAGUACUGGCCGAGAGCGGUGAGGACUUGGUGCUCUUCCUCCGGCACCUCCGCACUGUGGUCUUCUCUGAGAUCCCUCCAGAUGGGAAGCAGCUGUUGGAGAAGCUGCGGGUGGCCACAGAGCUGACAGAUGGUGAUGCAGCGCUAAGACAGGAUUUUCAAGCGAGAUUGAGCCAAGCCACGGGUGGGAACAGCACCACCUCUGUCUCCUAUAUCAUGACAAUCAAAAACAGCAAGGCCAGGGCCAGCACCAUGUGGAGGGUGAUCUCCCAAAUUGGGGUUCAGGAGGGGGCUGAGUAUUCUCCGGUGCGUGGGCGGCUGCCUUAUGGGGCUGUAGCUGGCCGCCUGAAGCCAUUGGGCUUAGGCAAAGUCAUGGGCAAAGCUUUCUGCACCCUUCCACUGCCACUGAUCACAGGGCUGCCUGUACACAUCAAUGCCAACUUCUCUGUGGAUGCAGCCAGACGCAAUCUCCGCCAGGACAGAGGCAGCCCAGAGGCAGCCUGGAAUUGCUUCUUGCUCCGGCACUUAGUGGCUCCACUAUACUGUACCUUUCUCACCAAGCAGUGGAAAGCCCUGGGGCCUGAAGGGCUCCAGUUCAAGUGCCUGAAGGACUGCCAGAAACACCUGACCUUUCACUAUCUCCAGUUCUUCCCUGCUGUGACAAAGGGUGCUGUGACACCUACCUUUCAGGACAUGGUGAGGCAUAUCUAUAGGCAUCUCAGUCAUGCACGCUUGCCCCUGGUGCCCGUGUACCACAUGAAGCCCCCUGGCAGCACGGUGACAAUGACCUGGGCAUCUCCAGGUGGAGGGGAUGUGCUAACAGAGCCAUACUUCCUCAUGGUGAACCCUGAGUCAGAUCUCCAGGAGGUGCUGCAGCGCCUGAAUAUGAACCUGGUGCCAGCAUUCGACAACCUGCAGGAGAUCUAUGACGAGUUCAUUGCAGCCCAGGUGAAGGCUGUAGCCUUUCAGCCAGCCUCUCUCCGGUGCUUCCUCAAGGCCCUGGCACUCCCCGUGCCUUGCAUGCUGGCUGAGACACCCCUGGAGACCCCAAAGAGCAGCUCUGCCCUGCUGAAACAGUGCCUGCAGCCUGCAGAUGUAGCCAAGGAAGAACUGGAAGGCCUGCCCUUGCUGGCCACGCAAGAUGGCUGCCUGAAUGCCCUCAGCAUCCACCACCCAGUCUUCGACAACUCCUUUGCCCACCUCUUCCCCCGCCACUGCAACCGCUUUGCCCACAAGUUAAUUAAUUUGUACCAUCCUUCCUUUGUGAAGAAGCUUAGCCUCCUGGAGGCCAAACCACUCAUCGAGGAGGCACUGGGUCAGCUGAACUGGGACACAGAGGGGGAGAAGUGGCUCACGGACCUCUGGAAGUUCUUCAGCACUGUGGUCUGCAGAGACGCAAAGACCAAAGAGGAUUUGGAGCAGAACAUGAAGUCAUUUGUGGAUCAUCUCCAGCAUAUGGCAGUGCUGCCUGUUCAGGAUGGUAAGACAGGCUCGAAGUCCCAACUGCCACUAUCCUUCCUCCCCAAAGUUCUUUUCCAGUGUGAGACGGAUGUGACCAAGGUGCUGCACAAACUGGGCAUCCCUGUGCUCCAGAAGUCCCUGCUGCCUUUUCGCUUUGCCAACCACUGUCUGAAGGCAAGGUCACUGCAGGCCACAGAGCCCAGGGCUGUGCUGGCCCAACUGGCAGGCACCAGAGCUCUUCUCCACUGGAAGGACUUAAAAGAGCAGGACGUGACUUGCCUGCUGCACUUUGUGCAGGGAAAACUGGAUUCAUUGGCAGCGGAUCAGCUCCGGCUCCUGCCUCUCUUCCGGAAGUAUGGUGGGGACUAUGUAGCUGUGGCAUCCUACCAGAAGGUGCUGUUGCUCAGAAGCUGUUGCCCAGAACUGCCCCAGGGUGCAAAAGCCCUGUACAGCCUGGAGGAGGGCAUGUUGCUGCUCACAGCAGACAAGAUCCACCAGGACCUGGCCAAUGAUUUGAAGUGGGAGCUCACAGAUGAACGGCAGCUCUUCAAGACUGUGGUGCUGCCCCGGCUGUCUCAGCUCACAGCGCAAGAGCGUACAGAAGCUCUGCACUUGUUCUUUGCCCUGCAAACCACCCAUGACGAUAAAUUCACAGAACAUGCGGUGUCAGCUUUUAAGACUGUGGCCUUUAUACGCGAUGCCAAUGGUGUUCUGCGCCUGGCCUCCUACUUCUACAAAGACACGCUCUCCUUCCGUACUCUGAAGCUCCAACACCGCUUUGUGCCUGAGUCUUUCUUUGUGGAGCUACGUUACAAGCACAAAGCUGCUAUGGACUUCCUGCUUGAGACAGGUGUCCGCACCAGCCUCUCAGUAGAGGAUUUUGUGGCAUUGGCCCUGGAGAUAGAGCAUGAAGCCAGUCAGGCUAGGUGCCACACUGAAGAUCUGCUGGUGCGACAGCAGGAGAUGCUGCGCACCCUCUUGGAUGGCACACCUCCCUUGUCAGAGGAUUUCCUGAGGAAAAUUGCCUCAAUCCACUUCCUGCCUCCACUGAACAUCCCCCGAGACUUGAUGAAACUCCACCCCCCUUUUGCAUCCUGCACUAAGCCCGUGGCCCUGAAGGGCAGCAUUUAUCACUGCCAAGAAGAUGUGGCUGAGCUUGUGUGGACAACAGCCACCAUCCUGCCGAAGUCCUUGGCACUCAGGGAGAACAUCCUGAAGGCCGCAGGAGUCCUUGUAGAAAUACCCACCGCCCUGGUGGUGGCAAACCUGGAGCAGGUGUGCAGGGCAGCCUGCCAGACGCAACAGCAGGUGAACACACGAGCCAGAGUGCUCCAGAAGGUGUACAACUUCUUGCAGGCCCAUCUGAAGGAGGUGGAUGCAGGGCGCCUCGCUGAGCUGCCUGUGGUGCUGGCCAAGUCAGGGAAAAUGACGAUGCCACGGCAAGUGGUGAUAUCACUCCCGGACGACACUGACUUUUACCCCUAUCUCCUCAAACUUGACCCCAGCAUAGCUGCCUAUGGAGACCUCCUGCAACACAUUGGGGUGGUCCUGCACCCCACACUGACUCACUACAGCUAUGUCCUGGCCCAAAUCCACCAGGAGAGCCAUGUCAGUGGGACCCUCAGUACUAUCCAGAAGAAGACAGUCCUGCUGGCCACACGGUACUUCUUCCAGCUGCUGCGGCAUGCACCGGAGACCCCUGAUCUCUCCACUGUGGCUAAGCUGUACUUGCUGAGCACUGCUGACCGCCUAGAGCCAUCCCACAGGCUGUACUUCAAUGACUGCGUGUCCUCAAGUACCUCUAGGGCCUUGGAGAAGACCUUUGUGUUUAUGGCUGAACUGCCGGAGACAGGGUGUAAUGCCUGGUGGCUGCUGCAAAGGCUACCACAGCACCUGCGGCCGCAGGCACUCUCACAGGUGACAAAGCAGCAGCUGGAGGAGGGCAGUCUGCAACCAUGUCACUAUGGUUCUCACUGCCCUGGACAGAGGCGUCUGCAGACCCUCCUGGUAUCAUCCUGGUUUAGGAUGGGGCUGGAGGCCCUGCUCCGGUGGCAGAGUCACAGGUCUGUGACAAGAAUGGAUGGGGUUGGUGGCUUUGCAGGGGAGCAGCUGAAAGUGCAGUGCUGCGAGAACAUCUGCACUGUGCUGGUCCACUGUGGUGCAAAGGUGGAGGGCAGCUCCCAGUCACGGGUCAUCCAUGUGUGCCUGGCUGGUGGUGCUCAGCGAGGAUUGUGGAGACGCUAG